GCAAACACCCCACGCCGCCCAAAGCGACAGCGGUCACCUUCACGUGUCGGUGCCCAAUCGACGGACACGCCGCGUCCAGGUGCGACGCAGCGACGACAGUCAGGCUCAUCGCUUCCACCUUCUUCUCCACCGCCCGCUUUCCAGGACACGGAUGAGUUUUCCAGCGAUCAGGACGCGGUGCAAGAUGUGGAUGACGAUGCGGUUGACGACGAGGGCGACGGGGAGGACCUCUUUGGCGAAACACUGGCUGAAGAUUAUGCAGAAAACCAAGUGCUCGACACAUACGACGCAGCGGACCUUAAUGACGAGGAAGAAUUUGGUGAGAUGACUGGUGCACAACGGAGAGCGGCAGAGAGAGCAAUGGCGCUGCGUGAUCGACGGGAGCGGCAAGGCCGCCGUGGUGCACGCGCCGCUGCACGUACCCGCGCUCCGGACUUCCUCCAGAGCGAGGAGAGUGAGGAAGAAGGCUUGGACGGGGGUCUCUUGUCCGGCAUGAAACGGCGUGCACGGCGUCAAUACGAUGAACGCAUCGAGGUCGACGAUGUAGCUGGAUUGGAAGCUGAGAUACCACUUGAACAGCUGCAUGAUAUCAAGGCGAACUCCGUCGCUGAAUGGAUCUCCAACAUUCGAGUCCGGCAUUCAAUCGCCAAGCAUUUCCGCCAGUUUUUGACCUCGUACACCGAUGAACAAGGAAACUCAGUUCAUUAUCCUCGUAUCCGGAAUCUUGGCGAAAAUAAUGCGGAGUCCCUGGAGGUCUCAUAUACACAUCUAGCGGACUCAAUAGCGGUCAUUGCGUAUUUCCUGGUCAUCUGUCCGACCGCGAUGCUAAACAUAUUCGACGAGGUUGCUCUUUCCGUCGUCCUCAUCUCUUACCCUAAUUAUGAACGCAUCCAUUCCGAAAUUCAUGUUCGUAUCACGGACCUACCCUCCACGUCGUCCCUGCGUGAUCUCCGUCGUGUUCAUCUCAACAAUCUCGUCCGCGUCUCUGGAGUAGUCACGCGUCGAAGCGGAGUUUUCCCGCAGCUUAAAUAUGUCAAGUUCGACUGCAGGAAAUGUGGCGCGGUCCUCGGGCCAUUUUACCAGGACGCUAGCAAAGAAGUCGGCAUUAGCUACUGUCCAGCCUGUGAAGGCAGGGGCCCAUUCAGGGUUAACCAGGAACAGACGGUUUACCGUAACUACCAAAAGAUGACACUGCAGGAGUCUCCUGGUUCUGUACCACCAGGGCGUCUUCCUAGGCACCGAGAGGUUGUCCUUCUAUGGGACCUGAUUGAUUCGGCCAAACCUGGUGAAGAAGUUGAGAUUACGGGUGUAUACCGUAAUAAUUUUGACGCAUCACUGAACUCCAAGAAUGGUUUCCCCGUCUUCUCAACUGUCAUUGAGGCGAAUCACAUCAAUAAAAAGGAAGACCUAUUCGCGGCAUUCCGACUCACUGAGGAAGACGAAAAGGAAAUCCGCGCUCUCGCCCGUGACGAACGUAUUCGGAAGCGUAUUAUCAAGUCCAUCGCGCCAUCGAUUUAUGGACAUGAAGAUAUCAAGACAGCGAUAGCACUGUCACUCUUUGGUGGUGUGUCGAAGGAUAUCAACCGCAAGCAUCGUAUUCGUGGGGAUAUCAACGUGCUUAUGCUCGGUGACCCAGGUACUGCGAAGUCGCAGUUCCUGAAGUACGUUGAGAAAACUGCACAUCGUGCUGUUUUCACGACAGGUCAAGGUGCUUCUGCAGUCGGUUUGACUGCUAGCGUGCGCAAGGACCCAGUAACGCGGGAGUGGACUCUUGAAGGGGGCGCCCUUGUUCUUGCAGAUAAGGGAACUUGUCUCAUCGAUGAGUUCGACAAGAUGAACGAUGGAGACCGGACGUCGAUCCACGAAGCGAUGGAACAGCAGUCCAUUUCGAUCUCAAAAGCCGGGAUUGUUACGACACUGCAGGCACGCUGUGCAAUCGUCGCUGCUGCCAACCCAAUUCGCGGCCGUUACAACCCGACCAUACCUUUCCAGCAAAACGUUGAGCUGACCGAACCAAUUUUAUCGCGUUUCGAUGUGCUCUGCGUGGUGAAGGAUAGCGUGGACCCAGUAGCGGACGAGCUUCUAGCAAAGUUUGUUGUUGGGAGUCAUCGUCGGAGUCAUCCCCUCUUUGACUCUCAAACGGAAGAGAUGGAUGUCGGCACGUCCCUCGAUGAAGAUAUGAUCCCACAAGACCUCCUCCGAAAAUACAUCAUGUUCGCACGCGAAAAGAUCCGUCCCAAACUAUUCGACCUCGACCAAGAGAAGCUCUCCCGUCUCUUCGCGGAUCUCCGUCGCGAAUCACUCGCAACAGGCUCCAUCCCCAUCACCGUCCGUCAUCUCGAAAGCAUGAUUCGAAUGGCCGAGGCCAGUGCAAAGAUGCACCUGCGGGAGUACGUCCGGGGAGACGACGUUGACUUGGCUAUUUCAGUCAUGGUCGGUAGCUUCGUCAGUGCGCAGAAGACAUCUAUUAAGAGGACGCUUGAGAGAGGCUUCCGCAAAUACCUCACUCAAGCAAGAGAUCAUGAGGAGUUAUUGGCGUUCCUCCUCGGCCAGAUCGUCAAGGAUAAGGUUCGCUUCUACCAGAUGCAGCACGGAGAGCCACCCGAGAAGGUGUCUAUCAACGUAUCGGAGUUGGACGAACGUGCGAAAGAACAUGAUAUCUUCGACACACAUCCAUUCCUCAACUCUCGUCUCUUCGCGACAAACGGAUAUCGCCUUGUCGAUGACGUCAUAGAAAAGACCUUCCGUCGUGACAUCUGAACUUAAUGAUACCAAGAAAGGAAUGGCUGAGACGGCUGAUUUGUAUUGAGUGCACGUUUUACAGAUAUCCGAAUUUGUAUAUUUGACUCUCUAGCUGUGUUUGUAUUUCAACGUGAUUUGGUAUAUAUUAUAUUCUC